GAAUUUUAAUUUGUUGUAUUGUUUUUUUAAUCAAAAACUCGUAUGAUAUUAAACCGCAUUAAGAAAUGGACAGCCUCUGCCGUGUCUGCAUGGACGAUUCCGUUACAUUGGUGGACAUAUUUACAGAGCGGCAACAACCAUCAACUGAGCAGCCGAGCCUGUGUGAAAUUUUAAAUGAAUUCUGUGAGGUAAAACCAGAUGAUUUCCUACCACAUCAGAUUUGUUUGUCCUGUGUGCUGGCGGCACAAAACGCGUAUAAAUUCAAACGCACAUUCGAGGAGACUGAGCGGAAGCUGUUGCUUCUGCAAAAUAUUAAAAUAUGUGAGGGAGACAAUACUGCAUUACCGUGCGUGCAGGCAGUCUACGAUAAGGAUGGGCAAGCGGUCAAUUUGAGCUGUGUUAAGCUGGAGCCACUCAAUGGGAAUGAAGACGCUGCCCAGGAAGACGAUCUCGAAGAGGAUGAUGAAAACGAAGAGGCAGGCGAAAACGAAGCCGGAUACGGAAGACCAUACAAAUGUCAAUUCUGCGAGAAAAGUUUUGCCCGGAAUUACCUCUUGAGUGUGCACGAGAUGCGUCACACUGGCGAAAAAACACAUUUCUGUGAGAUUUGUGGUAAAGGUUUCAUACGAGGACACGAUGUCAAGGUUCACAUUCGUACCCAUACUGGCGAACGUCCGUUUCAGUGUCCUCAAUGCCCGAGAACCUUUAUACAAAACCACGUUCUGAAGGCACAUCUCCGUCAUCAUCCUACUUUAAAUUUUCACUGUGAUCAAUGUAUGAAAGGUUUUAGGCUGCGCUCACAACUAACCACUCACCUAUCUCGGGUGCACGAAACAUCGAAAAAUCCGGUCAAAAAGCCUGUCACUAGGCGUAUUAAGAAAGAAGAACCCAAAACUAGGGUAGGGAAAAAGAAGGGGAAAAAAGAAAGAACGAUAAGUAAGGAAAAUAGUAUAAAUGCUCUGGAACGUGAACUACGAAAUGGAUUAGCUCCAGUCGCUUAUGAAGAGCUAGACGUCAAAUGUGAAUUAAACGACUUGGAGUCAAAGCCAAGUGUCCAGCUAAAUUCCUUGAACAUAAAAUGUGAAACGAAGACGAAAAAACACAAACAAACGCAAUCCAAAAAAGUACUACCUAAAAAUUGUUCUCCGCUAAUGAAAGGGAAAUCAAAAGUUAUUGACAACAUUCAACGAAAUGGCAAUGCCAGUAAAUGUUUCUGUGAGACUUGUGGUAAGGGCUUCGCGCGUAGGUGUGCAUUACUAGUACACAAUCGGGUUCACACAGGAGAGCGCCCAUAUAAAUGCGAAUUUUGUGGAUAUGCAUUUACCCAAGGGCAGGCCCUGAAAAGACACGUGAAAAGAAUUCAUGAAAAUAGUGUUCCGGAUGUGCUGGUACCAACGACCAAGCGAGCGAUCGUUCGAAUAGCGCGUAUUCACUUACCUCCAAGCGCCACGACUGUUAAGAGUGAGGACUGACCAAAUGCUAUUGAUUAGCACCGUUCCAACUGUGUUUCAUUGUUUAUUCCAUUUGUUUUUGAGAUUCUUG